GAAAUCUACAAAGACCGCAAGAAGUUUUCGAAAGCUGUCUUUGAGGUGGCCUCCUCAGACCUGGUCAACAUGGGUAUCUACGUGGUCAGCUACACACUGAAGGACAUCAGAGAUGAGGAGUUGUACCUGAAAUCUCUGGGCUUGGCUCGGACUGCCCAAGUGAAAAGGGACGCCAGAAUUGGGGAAGCUGAGGCCAAGCGAGACUCUGGUAUCAAGGAAGCUUUGGCUGAAGAGAAGAGACUGCAGGCCCGCUACCUCAACGAUAUUGAGAUUGCCAAGUCACAGAGAGACUUUGAGCUCAAGAAGGCAGCCUAUGACAUGGAGGUUCAGACUACAAAAGCUCAGGCCGAUUUAGCCUACCAGCUCCAGGCUGCCAAAACCAAGCAGCGGAUCCGUGAGGAAAACAUGCAGGUGACUGUCAUUGAGAGGGCACAACAAAUCAUGGUUCAGGAGCAGGAGAUUAUCAGGAAGGAAAGAGAACUGGACGCUCAGGUCAAGAAGCCAGCUGAGGCUGAGAAAUAUCGACUGGAGAAGAUGGCUGAGGCUCAGAGAACCCGGACCAUCAUGGAGGCUGAAGCCGAAGCAGAAGCUAUCAGGAUCAAAGGAGAAGCGGAGGCCUAUGCUAUUGAGGCUCGUGCCAAAGCUGAGGCUGAACAGAUGGCCAAGAAGGCGGACGCCUGGAAGGACUACCAGGAUGCUGCUAUGAUUGACAUGGUGUUGGAGACCCUACCUAAGAUUGCCGCAGAAAUCUCAGCUCCCCUGACCAAUGCCAGGAAGGUGACCAUGGUGUCCAGCGGCAAAGGGGAAGUGGGUGCCCUGAAACUGACCAAUGAGGUCAUGAGCAUUAUGGAGAAGCUGCCCUCUGUGGUCGAGAACUUGACUGGAAUCAACAUUGCAAAAUCCUUGAAGUUGACCUCGCGGAAGUAA